AUGGAUUAUUCGAACGUACAACAUUCAAAUUAUUACUACAACAAUUACUAUAAAAAACCGAAGAAAAGAUCAUUAUUAGCUCGUACAAAACCUCCAGAUUAUAGUGAAGACAGCGAGGAAUGUAAACCGUGUUCGUGCAGCCAUUGCUACAAGCCUAAACCAUGCUGUAAAUCCUUUUGUAACAAGUGCAAACCUUUAUUCAUUGUACCCUAUCCGGUCCCUUAUCUUAUACAUGUAAUAUCCGAUCCGAAGACAACAGCAACUACACAAAAUACUGAUCCACCCACGACUACGCAAAGUUCAACCACUACAUUAAUACCUACCACCGCUCAAACUACAACUACUACGACAGAGACUACAACAGAAGCCGGCGAGACUGCGCGAGAGUCGCGCGGGGUCACCAAUGAUGUAUUUUUAGAGUUGAAAGUUCAAAAUACGGCGGUUUAUUUCCCGCUCGUUCCUGGUGCCCUGCUCUUAGCUGUGCUGUGGCACUUCCCAGCGAAGUUUAAUGGAUAA